AUGCUCGCGGGUAGUCCCGGCGUGCCCAUUCCCACGCGCGCCCGUGGGGCAGCGGCGGGGCCCUACUCCACCGUGGAUGCUGGGGAGUGGUUCCGCGACCUCGACCUCCGCCACAGCCAAGUCCUGGCUGUGUUUCCUUCCACACCGUGUUCCCUGUCCGCCGAGGAGCGGGAAUGGGCCGCGGGUGCUAAGCCGGCCCCAACAUCGCCGCCGCCAUGGGCCGACGUUACCGCCGACCUCUUGCGCGAGCCCGCCAGGAGCGUCCCUUGGCGCGCCCCAGCCUGGGACGCGGGCGUGGGCGGCGGGGCGUCCGUGUCAGGGAUUGAGCGGCAGCAUACCUGCUUCUGGGAGCGGGUCAUUCUCAAAGACAAUCCUCACCGGCGCCGUUUGGUGUCCUACCUGCGGGAAGGGGUAGACCUCCGGGACUUCCUUCGGGAGCCCUACCGCGGCCCAUCCGGUGGUCUGCCGUAUAGUCCGGACCGCUUCCCGGGGGCUAUUUUCUCCAACCGCGUCCCCUCCAAGUUCGCAAGGGCCUACUGGCGCGGGUACAAUGGACCGCCGGGCGAAGCCACCCACCGCGGAAUGCUGGUGUCCUUCCUCUGCCGCCGCUUCCUGUCCCUACACAAGUGCGACCUCCGGCCCACUACGGUGCAGCAAUAUCUCGGUAUCCUGUGUGAUUCCGGCAUGGCCUCCUUCCACAUCCCCCAGAAGCAGCUCGACAAGUUACACGCUCUGAUCCGCGCCGCCCUUGAUGACGGAUGGCUAUCGUUCCGUACCCUGCAGCGUAUCGCGGGAGAAUGCAUGAGCAUGACGGUGCCGAUUCGCCCGGCGCCCCUGUGGACCCACGCCCUGUUCCAGGCCAUCAUGGCGACGGAUGAGUCCGGCGUGAGCGGAGUCCACCUCCGCCGGGACAAGGAUGCCGACUUGCGGGGAGAGCUCCGACACUGGUUGGGGGUCGCGUCUACAACUCAUGAGGGGCCGUGGCAGCGAGCUCGUCACUUCAAGGCUGCCCUCACCGGAGGCGCUCCGGAUGCGUCGUCGGUGGGGGGGGGCGGCAUCGUCUACGUCGAGGACGGGCCUUUCAGGGCGGGGGUGGUUUUCCCGCCAGAUCGGCUCUCGAAACACAUCAACCAGAAGGAGAUGUACGCCUUGUAUCACAUGCUACGGCAGUACUGCGAGCGCCACCCGAAUGCCUUACGGCGUGCCCAAGUCCUCAUCAACGUGGAUAAUCCGUCAGCAGUCGGCGCAUUCGCCCGAGGGCGCGCCAAGAACUGCGAAACCCACGCCCUGCUAGUUCAGCUGUUUGACCUGCAAGUCCAGUGCGGUUUCCUCUUGUCCCUCAACGCGUCGGCCCAGCGUUCGCCGGCCUCCGGCUCCCCUUUGCCGUUUUUCUCGCACUUCGACUGCCCGGGUGCUGCCGGGGUGGAUGUGCUAGCGCGAGACGUUGCCGUAGCCCCUGGAACGGUAGAAGAGGCGUUUGGUUUCUGUUUCCCGCCGCUUGUGAUGGUCGGCCACGUGAUUCAGCAUCUCGCCGAGUGCAAAGCUCGCGCGGUGGCCGUUGUCCCCGAUAGGCAGGAGUACUGGUUCCCGUUGGUGCGCCACGCCGCGGUGCACCGUCGAGAGGUAGCCCCGGCGGCCGCGUCGGGAGUUUUUCGUUGGCCUUGUGCGGAUGAUUCACUGCGGCCAUGGCAGUAUAGUUUUUCGGCGAUGACGGCGUAUGAAGACGACUUUCGGCAGUGA